AUGAGAUAUUACAAGAUCGAAAUCAAUAAGACCGAAUGGGAAGUGCCUGAAAGGUACCAGAUGCUGACUCCCGUUGGUCUGGGUGCAUAUGGACAAGUUUGGUAUUACAUACAAAAUACAACCUCUAAAAUUGUUUAUUUAUUUUUCUGUCAAUCAGUAUACAUUGUUAAUUAAUUAUUUUUAGCUCUGCUGUUGAUAGUCAGACUGGAUUGAAAGUUGCCAUAAAAAAACUGGCUCGGCCAUUUCAGACAGCAGUCCACGCUAAGCGCACUUAUCGAGAGCUUCGUAUGUUAAAACAUAUGAACCAUGAAAACGUAUGUAUUAGUUUUUAUUUGUUAAGCAUACAUUUUCAAAAACUUUCUCUCACACUGUAAAUUUCUAAAAUGUUUGACAUAUUUAUUUAAAAGAGAAUAAAUAAAAUAAAAAUUAUACACUUCUCAAAGUAAUGUUAUUAACCUUGAAUGAAAAUUAUUAAAUUGGUCAUUAAUAGAAGUAAUCAUUGACAUAUUUUAAAUUUAAAGAAGCAUAGUGUUUUGCUGUUUAUUGUGAGAGAAUAGGUAUUUUAUAUUAAUAACAGCAUUGUUCAUUUUAUCAAAAAGUGUACACAUUUUUUUUUAACUUAGAUUUCACAUUUUAAUGUAGAUUAGAUACCUUCACAUUUGAUAGUGUGGAUGCUGUGAAUAUUUUUUAUUAUAAGUGUUAAUUUUUUUUUUUAAUGAACAUAACAAAUAUGUUAUUAAAAUAAUUUAAUAUUUUAUCGUUUUUUAUUCAUCUUUAGGUAAUUGGAUUAUUAGAUGCUUUCACACCCGCAAAUACUUUAAGUAAUUUUAAACAAUUGUGAGUUUAUAAUGUAUAACAACAUAAAACAAUGUAAACAUUAAAAAUUGUUUGCGUUAGGUAUUUAGUUACACAUUUAAUGGGAGCCGACUUGAACAAUAUUAUACGUACACAAAAAUUAUCUGACGACCAUGUCCAGUUUCUGGUUUACCAAAUUUUACGGGGUUUGAAGUAUAUUCAUUCUGCAGGAAUUAUCCACAGGGUAUGAUAAAAGUGAUCUAUUAUUAUUAUUUAAUACUGAUUAUCUAAUUUCCCUAGGAUUUAAAACCAUCAAAUAUUGGCGUGAAUGAAGAUUGCGAGUUAAAAAUAUUGGAUUUCGGAUUGGCAAGACCAACUGAAAGUGAAAUGACUGGAUACGUGGCUACCAGGUGGUAUAGGGCACCUGAAAUCAUGUUAAACUGGAUGCAUUACAACCAAACGGGUAUAGUUUUUGUAUUCACUACCUAAAGAUAUAAGAAUUAUUUAUUAUAAUAUUUUAAUUAUUAAAGCAAUAAAUUAGAAUAUUUUUUUUUUUUAAAUUGCAAUGACUUAUGAUUAUUAAAAAAUAUUAUCUAUAUANAUAUUUUUAAUAAUAUAAUAACUUAAUACCUGAUUUCAUUAAAUCUUAAUUUAUAAAUUCUAGUUUUAGUUUAUAAAUAUUGAAAUUAACAUUGACUAAAAUCAUUGACUUACAUCAUAAAAAUUAUUAUUCUUCUUAAAAUAAAACAAUGCACAACACAAUAUGCAAUUUUAUGUUUGUUAUCUUAAAGUUUUCAAUAUAGAUUGUUACCCAUGUACUAUACAAAUAAAUAGUUAUUGUCUAUUUAUAAUUUUAGUUGAUAUAUGGUCUGUGGGCUGUAUUAUGGCUGAACUUUUGACUGGAAGAACUUUAUUCCCAGGAAUAGAUCGUAUCCUUUUAAAAGAAUUAGGAUGUUUUAUGUUAGUGUUGAAGAAAAUUUAACAUAAAAUAUAUUUUUCUUAUGGGAAAUUUAAGACAUAAACCAAUUGAGUUUGAUUUUGGAAAUAUUAGGUAAUCCAUCGAGUGAAUUGAUGAAAAAAAUAUCAAGUGAUUCGGUAAGUAUCAGCAGAUGAUCAUAUUAUAAAGUUAAGCUUAUAAUCCUUAACAGCGUUAAAACUUAGAUGUGGAUCAUUUAAAUCGUGUAUUAAUUUUGUGUGGAGCACCAUCCGUUGAAUACUUAGAUAAAAUUAAGAGUUCGGAGGUUUGUGUGUUGUAUUUAUCACUUGUUUGAUAUUAAUACAUAUUUACAAAAUCGAAUGCGUUACAUUUGAAUUAAACAUUUUAUAUUAUUUCAGGCAAAGAAAUAUAUACAGUCUUUACCAGUUAUGGAGAAAAAAGACUUUGGUGAAGUAUUCAAAGGAGCUAAUCCACUAGGUAAAAUUUAAAUAUUAAAAUUGCUGUUUUAGUUUUUAAUAUUUUUAUCUGUACAAUAUCCGCAGCAAUUAAAUUGUUAGAAGAAAUGUUGGAACUGGAUGCUGACAAAAGAAUGACUGCUGAAAAAGCUCUUGCACAUCCAUAUCUGCAACAAUAUGCUGAUCCAUCAGAUGAACCAAAUUCACCCCCCUAUGAUCAAAGUUUUGAAGAUAUGGAGUUACAUGAAGAAAAAUGGAAAGGUUAGUACACUAUACAAUUUUAGAUUUUUAAUAGAGCGAGAAAUUAAUUGGUUUUACAUUUUUUUUUUCUGUGGAAAACUUUUCUACCAGCAAUUUUGCUCCAAUUUACAAUGGUAGCACUUUUCUGAAAGAAAAUCCGACUGAGAUGGUACUUUAUAAAUGUUAUUUUUUGAUUUUCCAACAAGUUUUCCCAUCAAAUGUGAAAAAUUGGAAAAAGAAAAAAUUUACAAAAUUAAACAAAUAUUAUUAAAAGAAAAUAUUUAAUUAUUUUACUGUAAUAUGACAUAUAUAGGGUGAUUUAUUUUUAUUAUUUACCAUUAAUUAUCACAGAGCAUUUCAAAAUAAUUUUUAAUAAUUUACCCCUACUCCAUAUACCUCCAUAUACCUUAAGUAAAUGCAUACUUUAGAUUUUCAAAUAGGUACCCCCCCCCCUUUUUGAACACGGAUUUGAAUAGAGAAUAUUUUUAUAGUAAUUUUGAUACGCAUAACACUAAUAUCAGAUAUACCUUUAUAAGUUAUAAUAGUUUAAAGUUUAGAUCGGAGAAGGGUAAUAAAUUGCCCCUUCACUACUCCAGUCUCAACAAUAAACUGUUAUAACUCAUAAAGGUAUAUCUGAUAUAGUGUUAUGUAUAUCAAAAUUUCUAGAGAAAUAUUCUCUAUUCAAAUCUGCGUUCUAAAAGAGGGGGAGGGGUACUCAUUUGAAAAUCAAAAGUUUGCACUUAUUUUAGGUAUAAAGAGUAGGGGUAAAAAAAAUAAAAAUGGUUUUAAAAUAAAUCCAUAAUGAUUCCAUAAUGAUUAGAAAAAAUCAAAUUCCCUUAAAAUCCUCAGAGAUAUUACUGGUUCAUAAUAAAAAAAAAUCAAGUUAUAUAUGGUUGACAAAGCAUCACUAUCAUAUGAACUCUGUUCAGGAUUUUUUUUUUGCUAGCAAUGGUUUAUUUUUGCUUACAGGUAUACAUUAAAUUACGUAUAACAAUGACUGCACAUGUCUAUUAUCCUAAGACAGCUUUUUAUUAAAUUUUCUAUUAAGUGUUAAUAAUUCAAUAUUGUGUUUUCUGCUUACUAUAUUUUUGAGCAACUUCUAUUAUUAAAAUUUGAAUACUUCUACACACACAGACAGUCUACAGUACUUAAUUAUUAAUUUUUUAUUUUUCAACUUCUGUUAUUUGUUUUUGUAUCAUUAACUUUGCAAUAAUCUGUAAAAUUAUUUUAAAAUUGUAUAUUAUAAUUUUUGCAUUGAUAAAUAUAUUAUUAAUCACACGUGUUUAAUAACUGAUUUUAUAGAACUUAUUUGGGAUGAAGUCCAAAGUGUUCCAUCUAUUCAAUUGAAUGAGCUGCAAGUGACUUGA